AUGCACUUCAUCGCUGCGUUGCUCUUCUUCGGUCUGUUGGAUCUGUGUCUGCUGUCCGACGAUGACGAAUUUGCCGAUGAUCUCUUCGAUGCUGACGGUUAUGUGAUACGGCUCAACUACAGAAACUUCGAUGAACUCAUGUAUAACCGGUCUAACGCAUUCAUCGUACUGUUUUACGCCAGUUACUGCGGCCACUGUAUGCGAUUCGCUCCGAAUUAUCAAGCACUGGCUCGUGACUUAGCAGGUAUGAAUGGUUGA